CCUGGCCGCUCUCACGCAUUUUCAACCACCACGAUGCGCACCGCAUGCCGCGUCCUGGUCUCACCCACCAAGCCCAAAGACGGCCUAGCCCGCGAGGGCACUGUAACCACUGACCACUGUAGGGCCAUUUCCCUUCGUACCUUGAACGCACCCUAAAUUGUGACGUCUCCCGUUUCGAGCAGCCGAGCGGAUCUUUUUCAUACAUCUUGGCCCCGACGAACCCUCCUAUUUCCUUAUUUCUCCCUCCGGGCCUCUUCGCAUCUCAUGUGUUUCCUGUCGUGCAACAAACCCAUUCAAGUCUGGUCUCCCAACAAUACGUACAAUUUCAUUUUUCCCUUGUGACUGGCGCACUUGAGACUCGGACCUUCCUUUUUGACCAUACCCGUACCUACACGUUAAUCCGAACCACCACAGUUCACACCGACGCAAUUGUCCAAGACAGACCAAAGUCGCACCCGUAACCGUCGCCGACAAGCAAACGAAGCGCAAAUUCCCAACCAACUGUUGCAACUACAAAAACGCGUGCCGUCUUCGCAGUCGAUAGCCGUUCACGGACACCGUACACCCCAAAUUCGCAAAGAUGGGCCAAUUCGACUGGUUCCGAUCCAUUGGCGCCACGCCCGAGGCCGUCGCCGUCCUGAAUGAUCAGCCCAUUCUCUUUACCAUCCUCUUGAUCGUCCUCUUCGCCGUCACCCUGCAAGGGGUUCUUCUCUGGUACAUCCACUUCGCGACAUUGAAGCCUGAACAGAGGAAGAAGAAGGAGCCUACGAAGGGGGGCAAGGGUGCGAAGAAAUAAAGCUCGCCUAGGC